ACGUACAAACUGUACCCUGGGGCCCGAUUCCUUGAAUCGCAUGUGGCUCUCCCUAAAGGACUUUUCCUUGAUAGUGGGUGCUUAUACAGGUACCGUCAAACUGUUUACGAGUUGCUUCACGUUUUCAUUGUUGGAAUCAACGUUACAGCAUUUACGAGGACGAUAAUACAUCAGUGAUUCUGAUGCCACUGGCAUAAUCACUACCAUAUAAAAUAAGGAAGAAAAUCGCAUUAUUGUCUUCUAAGCAUCGCUAAUUAACACUUUCUGUUGAAUGUAUAUACUAUAUAUACCAACUUUAGAAUGGCAUCCCAGUCAACCUUAUCCUUCAAGGUCCACUCUGUUGGCGCAGUGCGCCGAAGCUCAUUCGGCAAAAUGACUGCCUGGUUCUUGUUCUUCAUCGCGUUGUUCAACCUUUUCAGUGGCGUCGCUAUUGCAGAUGUGGAGGUUGAUAAGCGUGAGUUAGGGGGGAAACCUGCUUCCAAGUCAGAAGCACCUGUUGAAGGGGUGAAGAUUAAAAUUCGUGAUUUUACUAAUUUAUCGAAUGCUACAGACAGUGAAGUUUCAAACAUGCCACUGGCUGAAAGAAAUCUAAAUCUUAUUCUUCGUUCUGUUAGGAGGUUCCCCCCCUCUUCAGGUUUCUUAAAGGAGUGUAAAAGUAUGUUCAGCUGCAUAUUUAACAAGGACUCUAUAAUGGUGCCUCAAGAUGUAUACGAUCUGCUUAACAAGUUGGGUGAAAACUUUACGGGGUAUUUUUGGGAAUCAAUAGUACCGAAGGUUAUUAUAAAACUUUCUAAGGUAUUUGCUCUUGAAAUUUACGGAGCGAAGCCAACAGAUGGGAAAGAGAGAAGUCAAUGGAAUAGCAAACGAAGAACAGUUUUAACACUGUUGAAUGCUGCUGUUAAUAAAGAAGAUGAGUGACUCUAUUAGAAAUAACAGUAAUAGCACACUCCUGUUUAUUGGAAACGUUUAUAGUACGUCGCAAUGUAGCCUAUUGCUUG